GGUGCAGCAGACAGUGUGCCGCAUCUCGGGAGAAAGUUGCGAAGACUUUCACACCGAACUGGCAGUUGUUAUGCCAAUGCAGACCUUGGAUGCUGUCUUUGAUUUGGAGGAGAAGAUAUUAGAAAAAAAUUAUGAAGAUGCAGUUAUAACAUAUCUUUUCACUUUAAAGGGCACUUCUGGGGAUAUUGGCGAAGUUAUGAAGCGAGUUUUUGGCGACGAAGUCCUCAGUUUGUUCAAUUGGGAUGGGAGGUGCGGGAAGAAAUCGCUUUCAGAAUUAAAAAUAGUUAGCGUGGCUCUAUUUGAAAUUUUCAAACUGCAUGGACGCAUCGACUUCGAAAAGGAAGUCCGAAAGAGCGUUGAGCAAAGCCACAACAGGCAAAAGCAAAAACGCUAUUCCAAAAGAAACGUAAAGAAAUUUAUAUUGACCACUAUGAGUCACAAAAGCGGUAGUUUUUUGGAACUCUCCUCUACUGGAACGUGGAAGCACCCAUUUUCCAAGUCGAGUGUUGUAAAUACCCGGGCCCCCUGUAAUCUCUCUAGCACAUCAUCUAUGAUGGGCAUCGGAAAAUUUUCUCUCGAAAACUCGCAACGUCGACUCAUCAAUUGUUGUCGUCGUCCAAGCCUCUGCACCAUAUAGCAGAAUGGGAAUUAUGAGUGUCUUAUAGAGCUUGGUUUUUGUUCGUCAAGAGAGGACUUUACUUCUCAAUUGCCUACUCAUUUCAAAGUAGCACCUGUUGGUAAGAGUUAUUCUGCGUUGGAUUUCCAGGCUGACAUUGUUGUUAGUGUUUAUACUGGCUCCUAAAUAGACGAAAUUGUCUACAACUUCAAAGUUAUGACUGACAACAGUGACGGGAAAGCCGUGUCGCGAGUGCGACGACUGUUUGUUUGAUGACAGGAGAUAUUUCGUCUUGCCCUCGUUCACUGCCAGACCCGUUUGCUUUGCUUCCUUGUUCAGUCUGGAGAAAGCCGAACUAAUGACGCAGGUGUUGAGGCCGAUGUCAUCAAUAUCAUAGGCAUACGCCAGCAGCUGUACAAUCUUAUAGAAGAUGAUACCUUCUCUAUUUAGUUCUGCAGCUCGAAUUAUUUUCCCCAGAAGCAGGUUGAAGAAGUCGCACGAUAGGGAGUCGCCUUGUCUGAAACCUCGAAUGUUCAGUUGUUGAUUUUCUAGGUCUAAAGCCACACUGAUAUAUUCAAUCAGUUUGUUGAUGGUGGGCUUUAAUCUUUCACACAAUACUCUCGAUAGAACCUUAUACGCGAUGUUGAGGAGGCCUAUCCCACGGUAGUUGGAGUAGAUUGUGAGGUCUUCCUCUUUGUGAAUUGGGCAGAGCACACUUAAAUUCCAAUCGUGGGGCAUACUUUUGUCCGACCAUAUUUUACAA